AUGAGCCGUGUUCUGUCUCCGCCAAAGCUGGUACUGCUGGCUGUCCACCUUGCCAUUAACGCCGACAUUGACAGCUUGGCCUUUCUCACCUCUCGACACGCCGCCGUCCUGCGCAAAGACGUCGUCCUGCGCAUACUCCUAACCUACCUUCCCGAGACGGUCAGGUCCCGCGACUAUGUUUACUUUCUUGAGGAGCUGUCUACGGGGGAUUUUGCGGAUCGCGAGGCCGCCAGCAUGGACUACGCUGUUGUCGAGAACCUGUCCGAGGAGGACGCGGCGAAGAAGGUUCGCAAGCUUCGGUUGCUAUCCUUGGCUUGGGAAGAUGCACCCUUUAACGCAGAGGACGACCCGAUAACACUUUUCCUCCUCCGAAGGGCCCACCGCGUUGACGAAGAGGCCGGCUUGCUCACGCAGCUGCCGGAGCUUCUUGGUCCUUUUCUGCAAUACGCUCCAGGAAUCCGUCUGUGGAUGGUCUCGACAUUACUGCCAUUGCUGAGGAGGAACUACGAAUACUACCCUGCGGACAGCAUACCCUAUACCCUUGCAGAGUUUCAGAAGCUACCUGACGGCGCUGCCGUGGACGCUCUCCUAUCUCAAACUGGAGUGCGGUCCGAGGACCACGCGCUAAUCGGCCGGGACUUAAGGAGCCUUCUGGUUCCGUGGCUUCACAAUGACGCCCGCUGGAAACAGUCUGAGGAUAGUUCCCUGAGCGUAUCCACGGGCGAGGAACUGCACAGCCCAGGUUGGGAGCGAGCUCUGGAGUGGCUCCUGUCGCUGAGUUCGAGUUCCUGGAGGGCAGCCGCCGCGGCCGUUGAGCAGUGGGGAGGUGCUGUAGAUGUUGAUUUGGGCGACUAUGAUGCCGUAUGGCUCAACGAGCAGCAGCAACAGUACCUUGACCGUCGGUAUGCUCGUGCUGUCUUGGCCUGCGCUUACCUCGUCCCCGAAGCCUCUGUCGAAGCACUUGAGGGCGCCCAUCAAAUGUUGAGAAAAGUCAUGGAUCUUCUUGGUGAGGAUGACACGCUUCCGCUACAGGCCGCAGCAGAGUCCUUGUCCGCGGUGCCUCAUCUGGAAGGGGACGGUAUCCUAAACCACAAAAAUACAGCAUUCAUGCGGGACGAUCUACUGAAGCCGCACAACCCACUCACUACUCCUUCAAAGAAGGCAACACACCUGCUGCACGCCAUUAUUGUCAGUGCAUAUAUACUCACACGACUUGGGCUGGGCUGUACCGUCAAGAGAGCGGGGGAUUUGGCGUUUAUCCAGGACGAAAGAGACCAGAAGGCCGAAGCCACGAAGCUAAUACACGCCGUUGCGGAACAAGCCCCAAAACAUGAGGCGAAUUUCUGGAUCAAGGCUCGAAACGAAUUGCUCUGGCUCCGAAGUUGGGGCGUAUCGAGUGCAAAUGGGCCAGUCGUUGGACUCUUUGCGCGGGUCAAAGCCGAAACUGUUGAGACGGAAAUCUUGAAAGCCCUCCUUGCAAGUGGACGAUACCCUUUGGCAAGGUCGCUGUACGAGGACUCUGCCGAGAAACCGUUACCAUCCCAGGUCGUUCAGGAGAUGGUGAUUGCGGCAGCUCUCAACGCAUAUGACAAUGCCUCCAAUCCUAACCGCACCAGGGGUGGGCUCAAGAAAUGCGAUGAGAUCAUAAACUCCUUCCCCAUUACCAUUCCUGAAUCCCUGCCAGAGCGGCAAAAGAUCGAUGCGCUACUGAAGGCGACACACGCCCUCAGUGAUUACCGCUUGGUGCUGAGGCAGGGUGAGCCUUUCAGUCCCGUUGUCCUCCGCGUGCACUCCGACCCGGUCUCCAUCAUCACCAAAGUCCUGGAGCAGAAUCCAAACAGCUAUACACGUAUCCAGGACCUCGCAGACAUGGGUGUCAACAUGGUCCGCGCCGGUCUUGUGGACCGAGUCCAAAAGGGGGCCAUUCCUCAGGUUCAGAACGACGAGCAAGCACACAUUGAUGCCGCACAGAAACGCAUCACGGCCAUGUGCAUCGAGGCCGCCCUGAGGGAAGACGAUUUUGAGACUGCGUACUCCUAUGUCGCCAACCGGCUGAGCGGCCGAGCGGACAACUCGGUUUCGAAUGCCACAGUCCAGCUUGACGACGACUGGUCCUGGCGAGCAGCGUUGCAAGCAGGCCAGUACAUUAGGACGGCAAGAACCGUCCGUCCGACACAUCUGGGUAAUGCCAGCGGCAACGCCGAGAUCAGGCACUUGGAGCAUCGCAUCGACUGCCUGGCUACUGCGCUUCGCAUGGCUCCGCCUUCCCAGCUCCAGGAGAUCCUCAAGACCUUCCGGCGCUGUGAGGAGCAGCUCGACUCAGCAGUCAAAGAGGAAGCCUCCCGCGAGGCCGCGUUAGACUCCGCUGCUGAUGUUGGCUCGCACGGCAUGCCUGGAGGAUUCGACUCAGGGCCGGCAAUUCGAUCCCACAGGCCGUACGGCAAUCAGUCUCGUUCCACAACAGCGGCGGCGGCCAAGGCAGGUGACGAUGCGCCCAUGUCGUUGUUCGAUCUGUCUCGUGCCACGGCUCGCGCUGCAUCACGCAAUUUUUCUGCGCUCUCGACUCUGCAGCAGUCUGUGGGCGGCGGCAAGGCGCCGAGCAUAGCCGAAUCAGCCGCGAGCGGCGACGGAGAAGCGCACGACGACCACCCCAGGGCGAGGAAGCGAGAUCAGCUUCGUGAUGCAGCCAUGGGAACCCUGACAUCAGGUGUUGGCUGGCUUAUUGGUGCACCGACACCCAGCGACCACCGCACGGCCAGAGACGACUGA